AUUUAUUUAACUUUUAACGUUAUAAACGGCCUCUUCCGGCGUUUUGAUAUAAUUCGUUGACGCGCACUCUCUGUAUUCAUUUCUUUCUCGCGAGGCCGUCUCUCUUUGCCUUCCAUCACGUCCUUUGCGGCCCUUUCAGUGUCCUUUUGUUCCAAAUUUUAUUCCGCAAUUCCUAUCGAUCCGAUAAAUAUAUCCAUACGCACACAAAAAUGAAUCAGUGGCAGUGUUUUUUUGGAUUGUUAGUUAUUGCCGUGGUUUGUAUUCAAAAAAGUACCGGGUUAUCAUGUUAUGAUUGUAACAGUGUUAACGAUAAACGGUGCCUUGGAGAUGAAAAUAACAAACUUACAGAGGACAUGAAGAAACCGUGCCCAGAAAGGAAAGGAAAACCUUACUCUUUGUGUAGGAAAAUCAAACAAGUCAUCGACUUUGAAGUCAACGGUCUAUUACCAGAUAGCAGAGUAAUCAGAGCGUGCGGAUAUGAAGACAGCACUUACAAUAAUCGAUGUUAUCAACGAUCAGGAUUCGGUGGAAGGCAAGAAGUUUGCGCAUGUGAAACUGACGAUUGUAACGGAAGUUACACCAUUUUGGCGUCGUUUUCUCUUGUUUUUGGUUUGGUUUUACUGAAACUCAAUUUUUAAAUUUAGAAAUAGGAAAAAAAAAUGUUUGUUUGAUAUAUAAAAUCAUACUUAUUUCAUUAAAAGUUGGUUUUUGUGGCCCAGAACGCUAUAAUUGUUAAUGGUAAUCAAUUUUAAGUAGUGAUUGUUAAAUAUAGGAACAAAUUUGUUUCUUUCGUGAUUUAGUGAUUAGCAAUAAAUUGUUAAAAAUUCAUUUUUAUAUUGAAUUUAUACAAGAUAAUUUCAAGUAGAAAUGCCAAUAAAUGUUUUUAUUUCGUAUGAGCGUUAUUGUCAAUACAUUUUGACAAAUGUUCGAAAUUUGGUUAAAUUUAAGACAAUUAGAAAUUGACGUCAUCUAUAUUUCAGGUCCUUUAUGUAUUGAAUAUUGUAUUAAAUUAACACAGACAAUUAUAAACGCAAUUCGAACUAGUUUUAAGUGUUGUUUUUGUAGAUACUGAUCAAAUCGCUUCAUUGGAAUGUUAAUUGUAAAUAAAACUGCCACAAUCAAUGAUAAUUAUGUGAAAUUGAAUGAAUAAAAUAUUUAGUAACGAG